UGUUCAGGGUGCAACUAUAGUCACGGUCUAAUUCACUUGGUAAAUUUAUAUUAUAGGGUUCUAAAAGGUUGUUAAUUUUUAUGGAUAUUAAAUGGGUUAAGAAUGAUGCAUCGAAAAGCCUAAACAAUGGAAAUAAUUUACAUUCUCAAAGAUAAGUAACAAGAGCAAAAAUGGCAACCGCUGGCACUGGAACACAAAACCGCCUAUCUGCCAUACUUCUCAAUGUUGGGACACCAGUAGCCAGAACUUUAUUUGAAAAGCGUGUCAAAGAUCUCACCCCACCUGGACAUGAUCCAACCCCGUGGACUGUUGACGAGUUCCUUCUAGAAAACAAGCCCAAAAUCAGAGCUAUGUUACGGAAUAAACAUUCACAGAUCUUACCUGAUAAUUUACAAUCGGUUAAAUUGGAAAACUGGGAUUUAGCUCAACUGUGCCGUAUUCUUCUGGAAUGCUGUGAACUUCAACCUGACAUUAAACAUUUCAUUCAGCAUCUACUAAAACUGCGUAACAAGUUAUUUCACAUGAGUGAACCUACUGCCGAUGGCACCAAGUACAAUAAUUAUCUAUGUAAACUGAAAGCCAUAAUUUGUUCUUGCUUAAAAGAAAUAAACGAUGAGGUAUUCUCCGAAAAAAUCAAUAAAAUGGUUGCGGACCUGGAACAGGGAUAUUUUACUGGGGAAGUGAUGGAGCAGCUGAAAUCCAUGCACGUAGAAACCACUGAGACUCUGUCGGAAUUUAAACAAAACCAGCAGUUGAUGUUUACAAAAUUUCAAGAACUUCUGCAAAAAAUGAAUGUGAUAGAAACUCGUUUAGACCCUUCGGACAAAAUACAGAUCCCUGAGUCGGGCGUUGAAAUCCAUGUAAAAAACUGUACAAUCGAAAAAGAAAAUGAAAUCUCAAAUCACCUGGUACAAUACUUCGAAGAAUGCAUUAUGGAAGAGGACGAGUUUCAAGAAAUGUCAACUAGCUGUCAGCAAAAGAUCAAAGAAGCCGUGCAAAGAGCAUGCAAACUUUUUUUGUCCAACGGUUAUAAACCCGUGAAAGCAGAAAAAAGAUGCAUUUUCAUUCGUUUUCAGUUUACAUCACUAAAAUCGCUGAUAUCUUUUUUCCGGGAAUAUGUGAGUGGAGAAUUAACAGUAAUGCUACAGGAUGUUCAGACCGCAAUUCGAAUGGAAGCCGAGUGUGAAGAUGUCACAUUAGAAGUUAUCAUGGAUACAGAAGACAUUUUAGCUACAUUUAAUGAAGUUGUGGAGGCAGUUUCGGGUGUUUUGCAAAGCUGGAACAUUGCAGCCAAUAAAGGAACUCUGUACACCGAAAAGUAUGCAGAGGCCAAGAUUCGGGGAGUGCAUCUGGUCCAAAGAAUGUCUGAAGAUUCAAGUGAGAUUACAAAUGGUGUACGGGUAUCCUUCGAAAACUAUUCUGCUGAACAUAUGCAACACCUUAAAGGGUCAUUUGAAAGUGGAGAAAUGAAUACUGCCAUGCACGAUAUACAGGAAGCCGUCGCCGAUGAAUUCAAGACACCAAGUAUACGCAUUUCAGCGCACCUCUUUGAAGAACGCAAACCUCCACACGCUGAUUCUGCUAAGAGAUUGCGGACAUCAGUUGGAUCUAACAAAAAUGUGGAAAAACGGAAAUCCCAUGACGCACACACUCCUAGAAAACAUUGUUUACGCGAUGUUAUUUGUGUGCUUUCGUGGCUGUGUUUGAGCAUCGUCCUUGCUAUACUUAUUUCACGCAUUUCACGCAGAGCUGACAUAAUGACUUGGGGAUAUACAAAAGUUCUUGACAAGAGUCCAUCAACAGAGACACAGGAAGUGUCUGUUGACAAAGACCAGCAUACGAUCGCCACUGUUGAAAUAUACAGGGCCCAGAGGAAGAUUGCUUAUUAUUUCGAGCUGACAUAUCUACAGCUUGCUGAUCACCCGGAACAAGCAAAAGCAGUCCGCCUUAUGGCACACUCGGCUCGUACCCAGCAUCUGAUGACGUCGGGGUUGAUGAAGAAGUUCGCGAUGACGUCAGCCCAUAUUGUCGAUACCAUGAUACCUCAGCUAAGCGAUGCUGUAUGCGAACUCAAGAGUGAAGCAGUUGUAAUGGACAUAUUUGGUCAGAUAAUCAGAAUAGCAGAGGAAAUGAAAACAGAAACGGAAUCGGUUUUCCAACGCUACGUCGAAAUUCAGACUGAAGUUCAGAAUAAUGUGGCUAGUGUUUUGAGGCAGAAUAGCCAUAUUGUUACAGAACAAGCAGGAAUCAGUGCGGAUACCGUACGUGAGCUACAACAUUUGAAAGCGCAUCAGAAAGAACAGAAUGAAGAAAUGCAAAGAUCUAACGGAAGUGUUGUGACAGAACAAGCAGGAAUGCUUGGUAAAAUGACAAGUGAUGGGAAGAUCCUGUUUGAUUCCGUUUUGUCUCCGAGCUUUACACUUUGUGGAAGACUGGACGAGCCGGCAAUGCAAUAUCUUAUAGCAGAAGGAAAUUUAUUCGCAGGAUUGUUUCGUUCAACCAACCGCAAACAACAUGCACUACUUCUUUAUGGAGAGAUGUAUCAGAAAGAAGAUGAGAUUGCUCGAAUGCAUGAACAACGCACCGAAGACCUUGAACACUUAGCAUUACUGAAAACAAACAGAAAAGAACCAGCAAAUCGGGGAAACGUCAAAGCUUUGAGAGAGGCCAACGAACAUCUCGGACGUAUUGACGAGCAGUUCACAAGAAUUAUUGAGUACUGGUCCAAUAUGGCGACAGCCUUGAAAUUUGUGAGAGACGAAUCGAAGUCCGGCACUGUUUAUCUUGAUGAAAUAGGAAAUCCAGCAUUUGCCGAGAGAUUCAAAGCUUCUGUUGGCCGGGCUGAAAAGAGAUGGAAGGUUUUUGGACGUAUCUGUAGAGAUUACAUACAAGAGAGUGGCAAUGAAAUUAACACCCUAUACAACUUCCUGUCAGCUCCAAUAGACAACAUGGCGGCCAGCGCACGUGCACGGCGAAAAGAAGAAUUGUUGCUUACAAUAGAAGCAGAUAUAGAAAACACAUAUCCGAAAUAGAAUGGACGAGAUUACUGAACAGACGAAUAAUGAAUGAUGCAGCAAGCUUUUGUGCAAUAAUUAGCUCUUGAACAUCUUUAUUUGUAUUAUGUGACUGGUUGACUGUUGAGGAACGUAAAUAUACUAAAAAUGUAUUUUAAGGGGACUGUAGAGUCUCGGGAAAACAAUUUUGAAUAACUCAUAAACCCUGAAGUGAAGGAUUCGAAAAUGUCAAUGAUAUUAUAAGUAUCAAUAAUAUAAUGUUAUUAGCUACGUAUUUACAUACUGAGUAUGUAAUUUAGUCAAUGUCAUAUUAUAAAGUCAGUAUGAAAUCACCUAAUUGGUGACUUUUUCAUUAAUUAACUUUAAGAUAUUUAUUAAAUAUCAUUAUCGUC